GCGAAACCUGCAUCAUUCUCAGCCCAUCUCAACCAAACAUUCUCAGCCCACCACUACUAUCAUCCCUGCAGCCAUCAACGGUCACCUUCAUAGCUCCGGCCAUCUGUCCGGCGCCGGCGCCGGCAACACAAUGGUCACUGGAGAUGCUCAGCCGGCCGGAAUCCUUCUUGGGGCCCCGCUGGAGUUCAUAGCCAAAUCCAAAGCUCUCGGCCCGCGGCCAUUUCCGUCCACCUCAUCCGAUAAUCUUGCCGGAGCAGAGUUGCUUUCCACCAGAAAUGCUGUCUCGGAAGUUUUGUAUGUUCGUGAAGAUGGGGUGACUACUAUGGCCCCUAAUUCGGUGUCCAUGGCCCAACCCAACGGACCCCCUCCGAAAGUGAUGACACCACCGUCGGGCAACCCAACGAACACCCCCGCCGCAGCCGGGACCCUUCUGGCCACACCCAAUAGGCCGCUCUCCUUCUGGAAGGCUAUUACAGGAAGGAGAGAUGGCGGUUCUGGAGUACCAUAUCCGACGGCCAAGGAGUUCACCCUUGACGGGGAAUACGAGCAUGCUUGCGGCUCCAUCAUCCGCUCGGAGGGAAACAAGGUGAAG